CUGGCCAUGAAUCUUCCGACUUGGCAUAGUGAGUUCUUGAAUCAUUCUUCUAUCCUUCCUGUAUACCCAUAUCCGCCUUGAAGACGUAUUCAGCAGGACAACAUCGCUAAGAGGAGGGCCCAAAAGUGGAGUUAGACCAUAUCAAUCCAGCAGUCAUGCGUGACGAGGGCGACCAGCUUGAGAGCUACCACGAUGAGACACCACUCGCUGCUUCCGAUGAUGAUACAUUAUUACGGUCGACAUCAAUCGAUGAUCCGGUAGACGAUGACACUCCUCGACAAUACCCAUGGAUGCAAAGAGUCAGCGACAACAUACCAUCACCAUUAAAACGCAUAUCGAGCGCCGUCGUUACAUGGGCCAAGGGGCCUCAACCUCCGAGGAUAUAUAAAAUUGAGCCCUUCUUCCCAAGCAUACAACAUGCGCCCCUCGCCCUGUUGGACCGCUAUGCUCCGAAGAAGAUGCAACGAUUCUGGCUUCUGUUCGUCUUCUACAUCUGCUGGAUCCUCUCAUUCGCCUUGAUACUACACAAAUCCUCCUUCGCCGCCGACGUUCAAGAUUAUGGUUCGCCAGUAAGAUUGGGAUGUACAGCAAGAUAUUGGAAUGACGGCAACGGCUGUGGCAUUAAUGGUGACCAAUGCCGUCCAUUCUCCAAUGCUUCUCUUCCAUUCCGCUGUCCAGCAGGUUGCAUCAAGACCCAAGUCCUAUUCCCUCACGCGGUUGGAGAUCAGGAAGUCGUAUACAAGCCUUUGGUCAUUGGUGGCCCUACAAAUAAGAGCGAGCCUAUUUCAAGUACCGUCUAUCGAGGCGACAGCUUUAUAUGUGGUUCUGCCAUCCAUGCAGGCUUCAUCAAGAGCGAACAAGGUGGAUGUGGUGUCCUCAAACUUACAGGAGAUCGACACUUCUUUCCCAGCGUAAAGCAACACGGUAUCGACAGCAUCGGUUUCGAGUCAUACUUUCCGCAGUCGUUUCAAUUCGUUGAGGGUACUCAAUCGCAGUGUAAAGAUUUGAGAUGGCCUUUACUCGCCGUGUCUGUAUUCUUUACAGCUAUGCUAUCCAUCUUUACCACUUCUCCGGCCGUGUUCUUUUGGUCCAUCUUUGUUGGAUUGUUCUUCCAAACUGGACUGGCUUCCGAUCCACCAAACCUGACCGACUAUUAUUCUCUCAUCUCGACAGCAUUAGGUCGCUUUCUUCCCGCUGCUUUCGUCAUGGCAAUCAUUUACCGCUAUGCUGUGCGCUACUCUCUCACAGGCUUGACAGCACAAUUCGAAAAGACAAUACUUUGGCUCGGCGCAGCAUGGGUGGGUGCACUGAACAACUACACCUUUGACCGCAUUCCUAUUCAACGCCUUACACCCCAUGAUAUCAAGGCCCAGCCUGGCGCCAUACCAGCACUCAUCUCCAUCGUCCUCAUCAUCUUCUUCAUCGCUCUCGGCCAAGCAUACGCUUUCCGUGUAGAAGGCAGAAUGCCACGCUACCUCGUCGUCUAUGGUCUUUUCGUUGGUGGCAUUCUUCUCCUUGUCGCAGUUCCCGGUAUGAGUCUACGAAUUCACCACUACAUCCUUGCGAUUUUGUUGCUGCCAGGAACGUCUUUCCAAAACCGCCCAAGUUUGCUUUAUCAAGGUUUACUUUGUGGUUUGUUUAUCAAUGGUAUUGCACGAUGGGGUUUCGAUUCUAUCUUGCAGACGCCUGGAGAAUUACUUUCCGACGCGCCGCAGAAUACUAUGCUUCCACCUGUUCUGCCUCCAGUGGUUGGCGCCAAUAACAUUACCUUCACGCUUGGUCCUGUUCCUCCAGCACACCCGAAAAAGAAUACGCCAACCUACGAUGGCAUCUCUAUACUGGUCAAUGAUGUAGAAAGAUUUCGAGGGUAUGCUGACUACGAUGCGGAAGGGCUUUGGGAAUCUGAUGGGACUAGGCAGUGGACUUGGCAAAGGCAUGAUGGAGAGCUACCUGAAUAUUUCAGAUUUGCUUACAUGGCUGGCAAUGGUGUGGGAGAUUAUACUAAAGCAGGAAGCUGGUUGACCAAUGGGACUUGGAUUCCUAUGAAAGGUGGUCCAUCGUAGGUGUUUUCUGAAUUAUAGCGAAUGAUAUCUAAACAAUUCCCCCUACGUCUUCACGAUGGUGGUUUUGAGCUCUGCUAGGUAUCGAGUAUCAGUAAUGGCAUCUCGCGUCUUGCCAUCUAUCAUUGACGCACA